GAGUUGAAAUGAGAAAAGAGUUUUCCUUUUAUACCCUCUCUCUUCUCUCACUCCACCUGACAUCACAGUGUGAACGAUUCUCCAGAAUUUCAUUUCCCAGAAGCUCAUCUUCUGUUCGAAUUCUCCAUUCUCAUGGCUCCGAAACGACGUCCCACUAAGAAAGGAGAGAGCCGAAUGGACGCGGCUCUCGACGCCAUGCAUAUCUAUGGCUUCUCCAAACAACUCGUCCGAGCAACUGUUAAGAGCCUCCUCAAAGUUUAUGGUGGCAAUGAGGGCUGGGUCUUCAUCGAAGACUCCAGUUACACUCUCCUCAUCGAUACUCUUCUUGAAAGCCAACUCAAUCCUUCACCUCCGGUUGCUGGUUUGAUAGAGGCUAAUUCAGGAGAUGGUCCCAAUGAGGUUACACCUGCUGGAUGCUCGAACGGUGCCCUUCUAGCAUGUUGUAAAGCACAAACUUCUGAGUCUCAGCCUGCAGGAAAUUUGGCUUUGCGGGAAAAUCAUGGACCAAAGAUUCCACAGCUUAAUCACAAAAGGCGUAGACCUUGCUAUGGCUGGAUUUCUAGUGAUGAGGAGAACGAAGAUCUAACAGAGCUUAUACCUAAAUCUCCGUUGUGAAAUAUUGCACAUGUUAGAGAAAAUGGUCAACAAGUGUCAUAAGGACAGGGGCAGGGUAUUACGUAUGUGUUAUAUUAGAGAACUAUACAGAUCUGGUUCCUGUGUAUAAGUACUGUAGAACAGACCAAAAGAGAUAGGAUGUUUUAUUUUUAUUUUUUAACAAAUACAUUGAGUUAUAAGAUAAUGUUUUCGUUUUAACCAAAUAGGAA